GUUCUUUAAUAUUGAAGCAUGGGGUCAUUUUGCGGCGAAACUACCCCCCCCCCUGGCGCCACUAUAAAAAACUCUAGUUUCAAAGUCCUUGGGAAUGACUUAAGGCAAGCGCCGGUGUCUCCUUUGGUCAUUGGCUUCAGAACGCGCUUCAGUCCAUUGGGAUUGCUUUUGCAUUGCUUAAGGUCCUUACAGACAUCAUAUGUUACCGGACCCGACAGCUGCGGUCACGCCCCUAACAUGUCAAGAUGGACAUGUGGAUGGAAGCGACCCAGCAGCAAGCGCUCAGCUUUCGCCGCGCUCGCAUCUUCGCCAGCAGCUUAAGCUUACCCCUGUCGAGGAGACGGCCGCUCAUGUUGGGCUGUUCCGGUGGCGUGCCUCAGAGGCGUUUCUACGCCUAGACGGGACGCCCUAUUUCGACGGCUCGUACGACAAGGCAUUAGCAAACGUCUGCAUACCCCCUGCGAAGCAAGUCGAGGUGCUGUGCCUCGGUCCCCGCGAUGUUGCAGCCUGGAUGGGGAUCCGCACCGCUGAAAUCGACGAGCAGCUGCUCCUCGCCCUGAAACGCAGCACUGCCGCUGACAGCAGCAGCCCCGACUGCAGCCCCAGCCACCCCAGCCCCAACUGCAGCCCCAGCCCCAGCCACCCCCGGCAGGUGGUGAUUGUGGGUGCGGGUUUGGACACGCGGCCCUGGCGGCUGCCGCUGGGUGGUCCGGGGCGCUGCCGGGUGGUGGAGCUGGACUCAGGGGCGGUGGAGAGGGUGAAGCUGGCGGUGCUGGGGGCGGCAGGGGAAGGGGCGGGAGCGGUCGGGGAGGAGAGGGGUAGAGAGGAAGGAGGUGCGGAGGCGGCGGCAGGCGGGCGGGCAGCGGUGUUGCGGCUAACGCAGUGCGAGCGGGUGUUCGCGCCGGUGGACCUGGCGCAGCGGGAGCAGGUGCUUUCCGCGCUGUCCGCCUCGGGCCACGACCCCGCCCGCCCCGCGGUGUUCCUGCUGGAGGGACUGAUUGGCUACCUCACACCGGCCCAGGGGGCCCAGCUGCUGUCCGCGCUGCGCUGCCGGGCGGCCCCGGGCAGCACCCUGCUCAUGAGCGCCCCGCCCACACAGGAGAUGCGGGAGGAGGCGGAGGCGCGCGGGCGGCCGCUGCGGCACGUCACUUUUGAGAAGGCGGAAGAGACGAUGGCGAGGGCACGCGCUGCUGGCUGGGUAACCCGUCUUCUUUCAGCCGCUGAGCUGGGGAUCAAGUACGGCGUGCCGAGCAACCGCUUUGGGCUCAUCGUGGGCACAGCCGAGUAGGCGCCUGGCAGUUGUAAUAUUGCCUCUAGCAGCCCUGAAAGGCGCACAACCUUCUCGCGAUAGGCAACAUCGCUGACGUUCUUUGGCCGGCUGAGCAGCGAAAGCGGAGGCAUCACAACCACAGCAACGUGCUUCGUUCAGGGAAUUCAAGGAAUCGG